ACCGCGGGGCCCGUGCAGCCUGGCGCGAGUCGCCGGUGAGCGCCUAGCGUGUCCCGAGUGGCCGCCGAGCUCUGUCCGCCUUUUUCUAAACAGAUCUUUCCUCUCCACUGCGUCCCAGCCUACCCUGCAGACGCCAUGGAGGACGAGGAGAGGCAAAGGAAGCUGGCAGCUGGCAAGGCGAAGCUUGCUCGGUUUCGACAAAGAAAAGCCCAGUGUGAUGGGGACAUUCCAAAGAAGCAGAAGAAGAAAAGAACUCCGAGUUCUAGACAAGAUCCAAGCUUACAUACCCAUCAGCAGAGUGGUGAGAUCUGCUCAGAAAGCUCUCAAAGGGUCGAGUCAGCUGGGAGUCCUGAUUCCUCCAGUGCAGAAAAAGCAAAGCACGGCCAGGUCUUCGCAGCUGAUCCUGAAAGUGAAAUUUCUACCACUGCCGAUGAAUGUAGCUCUGAGGAAGAAGAUUUUUCCAUUGACGAUUCUUAUUCUGAACAAGGAGCUCAGUCCAGUCAGACCUGUCUUCAGAUGGGGGAAAACGAGUUGGCUGAGAAGCAGCAUGACGUCGAAGAGUUGACUCAGGAGUUGGAAGAAAUGAGGGCCAGCUUUGGGACGGAAGGGCUGAAGCAGUUACAAGAAUUUGAAGCCGCCAUUAAACAGAGAGAUGGCAUCAUCACUCAGCUCACUGCUAACUUGCAGCAAGCCAGAAAAGAAAAGGAUGACACAACGAUAGAAUUUUUAGAGUUGACAGAACAGAGUCAAAAGCUGCAGAUUCAGUUCCAGCACUUACAGGCUAAUGAAACCCUGCAAAACAGCACUCUUAGUCGAACUGCAACAGAUUUACUGCAGGCUAAACGACAGAUCUUUACUCUGCAGCAACAGCUGCAAGAUUAUCAGAAAAAGGAGGAGGACGUCCAAGCACAAAUUUCUUUUUUACAAGAGAAAAUUAGAAUGUUGGAAAUGGAAAAAGACAGAAAAGUGGAAAACUUAAAUACAAAAGAAAUAGAGGAAAAGCAGGCAAUCAUUGAGGAGUUGAAUACAAGAGUAAUAGAAGAAGAGAGAAAAACUGCUGAGCUAGAGAAUAAAGUGACAACUGCUGAUGAAUUACUAGGGCAGCUCCAAGGACAGGUUACAGAAAAGGAUCAGGAGAUCAAAAGCCUGAAACUAGAACUGGUCAACUCUCAGCAGAACGAGCGGAAGUGUUCAGAGGAAAUCAAAGAGCUAAUGAGGACAGUUGAAGAACUCCAGAAGAGAAAUCUCAAGGACAGCCGGCUGGGAACCAGCACCGUGCAAAGGAUGGAACAAGAGACCCAACGGAAACUAACCCUUCUCCAGGCAGAGCUGGAUGAGAUGUAUGGGAAGCAGAUAGUGCAAAUGAAACAAGAACUAAUGAAGCAGCACAUGUCUCAGAUAGAGGAGCUCAAAUCCCAGCACAAGAGGGACUUGGAGAACACCUUGAAGUCAGACGCAAGCUCUACAGUCAGUAAAGAGCAAGUAAACUUGAUGAGUGCGGCCAUAAGCGAACUCAAUGUAAGACUGCAGGAUACUCAUGCUCAAAAGGAAAAACUCAAGGGAGAGCUCGGGGCAGCUCUGGGAGAAAAAUCAGCUCUCCAGAGUCAGUUUGAAGACCUGUUAGAAGAGGUCAGGUUUUUACGAGAGCAAGUGCAGAAGGCUAGACAGACAAUAGCAGAGCAGGAAAACAGACUGAGCGAUGCGCGCAAGUCCCUGAGCACGGUGGAAGACUUAAAAGCAGAGAUCAUUGCUGCCUCCGAGUCCAGAAAGGAGCUCGAGGUCAAGCACGAGGCUGAGAUUACAAACUACAAAAUAAAACUCGAAAUGCUAGAAAAAGAAAAAAAUGCUGUGCUAGACAGAAUGGCGGAAUCCCAAGAAGCAGAGUUGGAGAGGCUGAGGACACAGCUCCUCUUCAGCCACGAGGAAGAACUGUCCAAACUGAAAGAAGACUUAGAGGUCGAGCAUCGAAUAAACGUUGAGAAGCUUAAAGAUAAUUUGGGCAUCCACUACAAGCAGCAGAUAGACGGCUUGCAAAAUGAAAUGAACAGGAAGAUGGAGACUAUGCAGUGCGAAACAGACGACCUGAUAACUCGGCAGAAUCAGCUAAUUCUGGAAAACUCAAAGCUAAGAGAUUUACAGGAACACCUCGUUAACUCAAAAUCAGAAGAAAUGAAUCUUCAGAUCAACGAGCUGCAAAAAGAGAUUGAAAUCCUCAGACGAGAAGAGAAGGAAAAAGGUAGCCUUGAACAGGAAGUCCAGGGGCUACAGCUUAAAACUGAACAACUGGAGAGACAACUGAAGGAGAAGGGAGAUGACCUUCAGGAAAAAUGUGCACAGCUGGACGCAGAGAACAGCGUUCUUAAAGACGAGAAGAAAGCCCUUGAAGACAGGUUGAAAAUGUACACUCCUCUGGACCAAGAGGAUCCCAGCACACGCAAGUCAGAAGACCCGAGGUGGCAGAAGGAAGUAGAGAUGCUGAGGAAGGAGAACGAGGACCUUCAGCAGCAAUGCCUUCAUCUAAGCGAAGAGAUCGAGAAGCAGACGAAUACCUUUGCGUUUGCUGAGAAGAACUUUGAAGUUAACUAUCAGGAGUUACAGAGGGAGUAUACUUGUCUUCUCAAGAUAAGAGACGACUUAGAAGACACACUAGCUAAGCAGGCCUUGCAGUUUGAAAGUAAGCUGAGCGCGCUGGAGGAAGAGCUCCAUUCGCAAAGAGGAAGUCCGGCCGCGCCACCGAAGGGGGAGAGUUCUGGGUUUGCUGCCAACAGAACUUUCCCAUCGGAGCCGCUGGAAGUCGGCGAAGUUGUAGAAAAAGAUACAACAGAGCUUAUGGAGAAGCUGGAAGUAACCAGGCGAGAGAAGUUGGAGCUCUCAGAGAAAGUCUCUGGUCUUUCUGAACAACUAAAGCAGACACAUGGUACGAUUGAUUCUCUAAGUGAAGAGGUCAGAGCCUUAAAGCAGGAGAAGGAGCAGCUUUUAUUGAGAUGUGGAGAGCUAGAACUCCUCACUAAUGCUAAUGGGACAGAAAAUACAUCUGUCUGCCCUGUGCAGAGGAGUCCUUACCAAGCUGGGCCUGUGAUGGGGACAGUCAGGGAUUCUCAGGGACCUAUUUCUAAAGUCAGCGAAGAUUUGGCUGAAGAAUCAAAACCAAUGACAGAAGAUAAAAUUCCCUUUAAAGAAAGUGGGAGAGAACCGUUGCUUUUGCCAACAAGAACAAAAAAACCAUCUCGCGUGACAGUUGAACCAUGUGAAAGUGAAAAACUCCAGCAAGAGCUUUAUGCCCUCAAAGCCGAGCAGGAUGAUCUGAGGCUGCAGAUGGAGGCCCAGCGCCUGUGCCUUUUUGUGGUUUAUUCAACUCAUGCGGAUCAGGUUCGCGCGUAUAUGGAGAAGGAGAGAGAGGAAGCUCUUUGCAGCCUUAAAGACGAGCUCGUUUCCGCUCAACAGAAAAAGAUCGACGAGCUUCAUAAGAUACACCAGUGCCAGCUGCAGCAUGUUACAGUACAGGAGACAGGUAACGAGCCUUUACAGGUGCUCAUUGAACGGCUUCAAAAGGCAGUGUCUGAGAAAUGCUUUCACAUCUCAAAGACCCUAAACAAUGUUUUCGAUGAAUGUUAUACUCCUUUAAAAUGUGAAAUGAAUAUAGAAGAGAAAGAGAAUUCUGGUGUUUACACUUCUCAAAAUCAAAGUCCAGAAUUACGAGAGUAUAGAUACGAAGUCCAAGACUUUCAAGAAAACAUGCAAAUCCUUCUCGGUAAAGUAACGGAAGAGUGCAGCAAGCUCUUGGUACUGCAGACACGCUUAAACAAGAUUAAUGAACAACAAGUAGACGGUGUGACACUCGCGUUUGCUGAAGAAAAUGUAGCAGAAGUGGAAGCAGGCCUGCUGUCAGGCCGUUCUCAGAGUGGCUUACAGGGUGCAGAUGUCAGUCAUGAGAGCAAGGUGUCUGAGUAUGAGAGGCAAGUCCAGGAGCUACAGAGCCUCGUGGCCGCCGGACAGCUGCAGCUGAAGGAAACCGAAGCAAACUACAGAGCAGAAAUCCAGUGUUUGCAGGAAAGACUUCAGGCUGUCAGUGAGGCCACAGUUCAGCCGAGCUUAUCCAUGGACUCAGUGGUGUUUAAAGGAUCUGGUGCCCAGAAACCAGUGUACUGUGGGAGCUGUCUAAGAGAGCAGGUGGAUGGCACAGCAGAGUUUUCUGAUGCCUUUGAAGUGAGGCAAGAAACAAAUAUGGUUAAAUUGAUGGAAAAGCAGUAUCAAGAGCGCUUGGAAGAAGAAAUAGCUAAGGUCAUCGUAUCAAUGAGUAUAGCAUUUGCUCAACAGACUGAACUCUCUAGAUUAUCUGAGGAGAAAGAAAAUGUGAUACAAUCCGAACAAGCACAUGCUCUAUGUUCUCAAAAUGAACACCAUUUAAAUGACAUCACAUCACAAAGUCAAGUUGGUCUUCAGACUGUUGAGGCAACUGGCAAGAAUUUAAAAGAAGAAUUUAAACCACUUAGCAAAGAGUUAGGAGAAUUUAGAAAAGCAGUUCCUUUGUCUAAUCAUGAUGAUCUUGAUGAUGUACUAAAGUCAGAAGAACAUGGACUGACUAUUUCAGAAGAAAUAUUUUCCAAAGAUGAAACAUUUUUAGUGAGAAAUUCUAGUCCUGAUGAGGUGCUGGUGUCAAAUAUGGAUACUUCUAGACAGCUCAUCCUAAAUGAACAGCUGGAAGAUAUGCGGCAAGAGCUUGUACGACAAUAUGAAGAACAUCAGCAGGCAACAGAACUGUUGCGGCAGGCCCACAUGCAACAAAUGGAGAGACAACGAGAAGACCAGGAGCAGCUACAAGAGGAGAUCAAGAGGCUCAACCAGCAGUUAACCCAGAGAUCCUCCAUAGAUACUGAGCACGUGGUCUCAGAGAGAGAAAGGGUUCUGUUAGAGGAGCUGGAAGCACUAAAGCGGCUGUCUCUAGCUGGAAGAAAGGAGCUGUGUUGUGAGCUGCAGCACAGCAGUACGCAAACACAGGAUGGAAGUGACAAUCAAGAAGUUGAGGAGCAGACAUUAAAAGACAAGACACUGGAGAGAAAACCUGAAGACAUACCUCUCGAUAUAAACCUGUCCAAUGAAAGGUACGCUCUCAAGAAAGCUAAUAAUAGACUUCUGAAGGUCCUGUUAGAUGUUGUCAAGACAACGUCAGCUGCUGAAGAAACAAUUGGCCGUCAUGUUCUUGGGAUUCUGGACCGAUCUAGUAAAAGUCAGCCAGCUACCAGCCUGCUUUGGAGAUCAGAAACAGAGGCCUCCGCCACAGUUUGUGUACAAGAGGAGUGUGCAAGAGCUAUGGAUGAGUCCGUACCCUCUUACCCUGGAAGUGCCAUAGCAACACAUGACAGCGUUUGGUCGAAAGUCACCGAGGAAGGGGCAGAGCUGUCACAGCGGCUCGUGAGGAGUGGCUUUGCUGGGCCUGUAAUAGAUCCUGAAAAUGAAGAACUUAUGCUGAACAUCAGCUCUCGACUACAAGCAGCCGUUGAAAAACUCCUUGAAGCCAUAAGUGAGACCAGCAGUCAGCUUGAACAUGCGAAAGUUACACAGACAGAGUUGAUGCGUGAGUCAUUUAGACAAAAACAAGAGGCAACAGAAUCGCUUCAUUGCCUGGAAGAACUGCGGGAGCGCCUUCAGGAGGAGUCCAGGGCCAGAGAGCAGCUGGCUGUCGAGCUAAAUAAAGCGGAGAGUGUCAUUGAUGGGUACUCAGAUGAAAAAACUCUCUUUGAAAGGCAAAUUCAAGAAAAAACCGAUAUAAUAGAGCAUCUUGAACAAGAGUUAUUAUGUACAAACAACAGACUCCAAGAGCUGGAGUCAGACCAGCGCCGGAUGGAAGAGGAGCGAGAGUUGCUGUCCAGGCAGAGGGAGGCGAUGAGGGCAGAUGCUGGCCCCGUGGAGCAGCAAUUUCUACAGGAGACUGAAAAACUAAUGAAGGAAAAGCUGGAAGUGCAGUGUCAAGCUGAGAAAGUCCGCGGCGACCUACAGAAGCAAGUGAAAGCUCUAGAAAUAGAUGUUGAAGAACAGGUCAGCAGGUUUAUAGAACUGGAGCAAGAGAAAAACGCCGAGCUCAUAGAUCUAAGGCAGCAAAGCCAAGCACUGGAAAAGCAACUAGAAAAAAUGAGGAAAUUCUUAGACGAGCAGGCAAUCGACAGAGAGCAUGAGAGAGAUGUUUUUCAGCAGGAAAUACAGAAGCUAGAGCAUCAACUUAAGGCUGUACCUAGACUCCAGCCUGUGAGUGAGCACCAAACCAGAGAGGUUGAGCAGCUAACUAAUCACCUGAAAGAGAAAACAGACAAAUGCAGUGAGCUGCUGCUGUCUAAGGAGCAACUGCAGCGAGACGUGCAGGAGAGGAAUGAAGAGAUCGAGAAGCUGGAGUGCCGAGUGCGAGAGCUGGAGCAAGCCCUGCUGGCUACUGCAGACCCCUUCCCAAAGGUAGAGGAACAGAAAAGGUCUGAAGCUGUAGAAGUGGACCCGGAAUUAUCUCUAGAAGUUCAACUGCAGGCUGAGAGGGAUGCUACAGAUAGAAAACAGAAAGAGAUCACCAACCUAGAAGAACAAUUAGAGCAGUUUCGGGAAGAACUGGAAAAUAAGAAUGAAGAGGUUCAGGAGCUUCUCAUGCAGCUAGAAAUUCAGAAAAAGGAGUCCACUACCCGCCUGCAAGAGCUCCAGCAAGAAAACAGAUUAUUUAAGGAGGAAAUAGAAAAACUCGGGUUCACCAUGAAGGAAUCUGAUUCUGUGUCAACUCAGGAUCAGCCCAUGCUGUUUGGCAAAUUUGCGCAGCUAAUACAAGAAAAGGAGAUUGAAAUUGACCGAUUAAAUGAGCAGUUUAUAAAACUCCAGCAGCAGCUUAAACUCACAACAGAUAACAAGGUCAUUGAAGAACAAAAGGACCAGAUUCGAGAUUUAGAAACCCAGAUUGAAUGUUUGAUGAGUGAACAAGAACUUAUGAAGAAACAGAGAGCAGAGGAAGCAGAGCAACUCAAUGGCGUGAUUGAGAAAUUGCAGCAGGAGUUGGUCCUCACUGAGCAGAAGAGAGAGGGUGCCAGGGCCCUCCCAGAAGACGAGGAGAGCUUUAAACACCAGUUGGACAGGGUGACUGUUGAAAAGCUGGGCUUAGAAAAGCAAGUAGAAACCACCAACCAGGAACUGACAGACUUGAAAAAUGUACUUAAAGAAAUCAACUUCAAAAUGGAUCACUUGACACAAGCACUGUGCAACUUGAAUAAAGAACUUCCCAGUGUCCCCAAGGAAAGUGUCCACGUGACUGUGCAUGAACUUGGCCGUGACAAACUGCAGCCAGAAGGUGCCUCUGCCCAGGAUGCUUCCCAGCCCCUAGAAAGUCAGACCUCCCUUAUGUGUCUUCAAGAGAGCACUAAAGCUUCUCCAAUACUAGAAAUAAAGUCACUACCACUGCAGGGGUCUGGUAGCACCGAGGACUUCGAGCUUGCCCAGUGUCAUAAACAAAUAGACACCAUACAAGAGCAAGACCAGUCUGAAAUAGGAAUGCUUCAGAAGAAGAUCACAAACCUGCAGAAGAUCCUGGAGAAGUUCUCGGCUGCAUUGGUCAGUCGGGUCCAAAUGGAGGCAGCUCAGGACCGUGUGCAGCUCUACCAGGAAAAGCAAACGCAGACGGUCUCGUCAGCACCUGAAAGGACAGAUACACAGAAUGUAAAUUGUCUGACAGAAAACAAUUUGGAGUCACAUGUCCCCACACUGGCCGUUGUGAGACCAGCAGAGUUGGAGAGCCGUGUAGCUGAAGUGCUUAGUGGUAUAAAGUCGGAAAAACACAUGGAAACUGUGGGGAAGAAUGCCUCAGAGACAGAAAAGGAAGUCGUGGCGCUACAGAAGCUAUUAGAAGAGGCCAAGAAAAGGCUGAAAGAAGAAAGAGAACAAAGCCCUCGGGAUAGAGAGAGAACUGCUCAGCUAACUCAUGCUGGUGGAGACGGUGGAUUUUUGGGUGGCCUUGAAACUUUUGAAGCUGAGUCAGCCACUUUAGAACUCGACAGUUACAAAGAAAGGACAGAAAAACUUGAAGAAGAUCUUUUGGUAAAAGAGAGCUACAUAACAUCACUUCAGAAAGACCUAGGCCAAGUUAAAGAUCAACUCACAGAGGCCAAGGAGAAAUUAUCCCACUACUUAGAAAAAGAGAAUGGGACUGGGGAACAGGAAAGCAGAAGGGUCCCCAUACCAGAGUCACCUUCUGUUGAGGGAGGUGGUGGCUCUGGGACCAUGGAGAGGACGGGCAAGGUCAGCAGCAGCAAUCAGACCCCGCAGAUCCUUGUUAGACAUGCUGGGGUUCAGAUCGACUUAGAGAGCGAGCGCUCCCAAGAAGAACUCAGAGACACCAUCAACCAGUUUACUGAAAAGAUGGAGCGCAUACAAGAGCUCCAUGCUGCUGAGAUUUUGGAUAUGGAAUCCAGGCACAUCUUAGAAACCGAGUCUUUGAAGAAAGAACAUUCUGUUGCGAUCCAGUUACUGACUAAGGAGUGCGAGACCCUGAAGGAGAUGACCCAGUGCCUGAGAUGCAAAGAGGGAUCCUCCAUUUCUGAUUUGGCAGAUUCUGUUGCUUAUCAAAGUAGAGAAGUAUACUCCAGUGAUUCAGAAUCUGACUGGGGUCAAAGCCAGGGAUUUGAUACAGCAACAGAAGGCCGAGAAGAAGGCGAAACUUCAGAUUUAUUUCCAAAGAAAAUAAAGGGGUUAGUGAAAGCUGUCCACAGUGAGGGCAUGCAGGUGCUUUCUCUCUCGAAUCCCCUCUGUGACGAUGGAGAGGACCGUUCCGUUCAGCAGCUUUCAGAAUCUUGGCUGAAAGAGAGACAGACUUACCUCAAUACCAUCUCGUCCCUUAAAGAUUUAAUUUCUAAAAUGCAAGUGCAAAGAGAAGCUGAGGUCUAUGACAGCUGUCAGUCUCAUGACAGCUUCUCAGACUGGCGAGGUGAACUUCUGCUUGCCUGUCAGCGUGUUUUCAUAAAGGAACGUAGUGUUUUACUAGCUACAUUCCAAACUGAGCUGACGUCUCUCAGCACUAGAGAUGCAGACGGAUUAUUAAACUCUCUGGAACAAAGAAUACAAGAGCAGGGCAUUGAAUAUCAAACAGCAAUGGACUGUCUCCAAAAAGCAGAUAGGAGGAGCUUACUGACUGAAAUAGAAGAUCUGCGUGCUCAAAUUAAUGGCAGGAAAAUAACUCUGGAAAGAGAACAAGAAAUUGAGAAACCCAGCCAAGAGCUCCUGGACUGUAAUCUGCAGCAGAAGCAGUCCCACGUGCUGGAAAUGCAACUGGAACUCGGCAGCCUGAGAGACAGAGCAGCCGAGCUGCAGGAACAGCUGAGUUCGGAAAAGAUGGUGGUUGCGGAACUAAAAAACGAACUUGCACAGGCAAAACUGGAAUUGGGAACAACACUCAAGGCCCAGCAUAAGCGCUUAAAGGAGUUGGAAGCAUUCAGGUCAGAAAUUAAAGAGAAGACCGAUGAAAUUCAUUUCCUUAGUGAUACAUUAGCAAGGGAACAGAAGAAGUCACUAGAGCUGCAGUGGGCUUUGGAAAAAGAAAAGGCCAAGUCAGGACACCACGAGGAAUGGGAAAAAGAAGAACUUGAGGAUCUGAAAUUUUCACUCGAAGAUCAAAAACAGAAAAAUACACAGUUAAACCUCCUUUUGGAACAACAGAAGCAGCUACUAAAUGAAUCUCAACAGAAAAUGGAGUCACAGAAAAUGUUGCACGAUGCCCAGUUAUCAGAAGAGCAAGGCCGCAACUUAGGGCUUCAGGCUCUACUGGAGUCAGAGCAAGUCAGGAUCCAGGAGAUGAAGAGCACCCUGGACAAGGAGCGGGAGCUGUAUGCCCAGCUGCAGAACCGUGAUGAUGGCGGGCAGCCCCCGCCAGCCCUGCCUUCUGAGGACCUACUUAAAGAGCUACAGAAACAACUGGAGGAAAAACACAGCCGCAUAGUAGAACUCUUAAGUGAAACAGAAAAAUACAAACUAGAUUCCUUGCAAACAAGGCAACAGAUGGAAAAGGACAGACAGGUUCACCAGAAGACACUGCAGACAGAACAGGAGGCAAACACCCAGGGCCAAAAGAAAAUGCAGGAGCUGCAGUCCAAAGUGGAGGAGCUGCAGCGCCAGCUGCAGGAGAAAAGACAGCAGGUAUAUAAGCUAGACCUGGAGGGGAAGCGACUGCAGGGGAUCAUGCAGGAAUUCCAAAAGCAGGAGCUGGAACCCGAGGAAAAACGGGGAAGCAGAGGACUUGUGUAUCAGAAUCUUAAUGAGCCCGCCAGCUGGACCUUCACUGACGACCGGACUAGAAAUUGGGUUCUUCAACAGAAGAUGGGAGAGACCAAGGACACGAACUUCACGAAGUUGAUUGAAAUAAAUGGAGAACUUGACCAUAGUCAUGACCUGGAAGUGAUCAGACAGACACUUCAGCAUGUGGCUUCAAAGCUGCAGCAUGUGGCACAGAAAGCCUGCAACAGGCUACAGUUUGAAACAGCAAGUGAUGAUGCAUUUAUCUGGAUUCAGGAGAAUAUCGAUGGAAUUAUUUUGCAACUACAGAAACUGACUGGCCAGCCAGGCGAUGAGCACAGCUUAGCACCCCCCAGUUCUUCUUGCGGCUCCUUAACGGAAAGCCUAAUGAGACAAAAUACUGAGCUAACAAGACUUAUCAACCAACUGACGGAAGAAAAGAACACCUUAAGGAGCAUAGUGGUGAAGCUGGAGGAGCUCAACAGGUGUCACUGGCACACGGGAGCCGGCAGAGACUGUUGUUCUAGGUUUUCAUUUAUUGAUCCCGCUGACAUCGAAGCCAUAAUUGCUUCAGAAAAGGAAGUCUGGAACAGAGAAAAGCUAUCUCUUCAGAAAGCGUUGAAAAGGGCAGAGGCGAAGGUGUAUAAACUGAAAGCUGAAUUGCGCAAUGACGCUUUGCUGCGCAGCCUGAGCCCUGACUCUGAGCAUGCCGCCCUGCAGAAAAUUUAUAACAAAUACCUGAGAGCUUCAAGUUUCCGGAAGGCUCUCAUAUAUCAGAAAAAAUACCUCCUGCUGCUCCUGGGGGGCUUCCAGGAGUGUGAGGACGCCACCCUGGGGGUUCUGGCCCGAAUGGGGGGACACCCAGCCUUGAAAGAUCCCAAGACAAUCAGCAGCCACCCGAAGGGGUUCACCCGGUUCCGCUCUGCCGUCAGAGUGUCUAUUGCCAUCUCAAGAAUGAAAUUUUUGGUGCGGCGGUGGCAGCAAGUGACAAGUACUAGCUCCAUCAAUAUUAACAGGGAUGGCUUUGGCCUGAGUCCAGGCAUUGAAAAGACUGACCCAUUCUAUCAUUCGUCUGGUGGGCUGGAGCUGUAUGGAGAACCAAGACACACAACAUACCGCUCAAGAUUUGAUCUGGACUACCCUAGGUCUCCCUUGCCAUUGCAGAAUAGGUACCCGGGUGCUCCAGACUUAAAUUCUACUUCAAUGGCUUCUUCUCAACUUCACCAGUACAAUCCUGAUAAAUCUCUGACAGACUAUGUCACUCGGCUAGAGGCACUGAAAAGGCGACUUGGAGCUAUACAGUCAGGGUCGACUACUCAAUUUCAUUUUGGCAUGAGGAGAUAAUCCUUUGAAAUACUUAUUGAAUAUUAAAUGGAUUCCCUUUUGUAAAUCAAUGGCUCUUUUGUGCUUUUGUAUUGUGAAUAUUCAACGGGACCAAUACAUACACAGCUUAUGAUUGUAUACAAAUCCUCAGCAGCACAUGAAGACAAACUGGAGUUUGUGUAUAUAAGCAUUGUGUGUGUUCAUGCACAGUAAUCAUUAAAUUACAUGUAUAUUGUGGAAUGCUAAUUUAAACGAUUAAAUUAUAAACUUUGUGUAUUUAUCGGAUGGGUGAAAAGAUUAAACUUUUUCAAAUGGCAAUGCUGCCGGAUGCGUAGCGUGCGGUGUCCUGCGCUUUUCUUACAAAGCUACUGAAGUUACAAGUUUCUGCUUCAUAGAUUUGCUACUGGUGAUGAAGACAACAUGUCACUUGUAGAGACCUAUUUUUGUAUAACGGUCUAAGUUUUGAACUUUAUGGGUAUUUUGUCAAGUACUGAAAUAAAAAUGACCUCACCAUUUUCACCGUA